UUCGGCGAUGUGGCAUCAGUUAAACCCCCAAAGAUUUUAUGCUGGAUUCCUACUAUCAAAGAAAACCAUAAAACAAAAGCUGCAGUUGUUAAGAAAACCUGGUGUUUCAAAUGUGACAAGUUAGUAACCAUAACGUUAAAUAUCACCGAAGGAAAAGAUUAUCUGUGGGGUAAAACGAAAGCCGCAUUUAAAUACAUUUAUGACCAUAAUUACACUUCUUACGAUUGGUACUUUAAAGCUGACGACGACACAUACACAUUAGAGUUUUUUCAGUUUCCUCGCAGUCUGAGCAACAAGAGCUUUAGCUAUAGAAAAAUUAUGCAAUUUGAAAAAACUCGCAAGGUUUCUAACUCAGAGAUUUCUGCAGCAUAG